AUGUCUAAUUUUAAUGAAUCUAAAUCUAACCUCACUCAGACUCUUUUGGUGUUGGAUAAAGAUGCACCAAUGAAGGCUUUUUUGCUUGUGACCCCAUGUGUCAUUUUCCUCUAUGUCAACGGGGUCAUGCUCUUCACUUUGAGGAAAAAGACUGUUUUUCAGGAGACAUCCCGCUAUAUUCUCUUUGGUCACAUGCUUUGGAUCGAUACACUGAAUCUCAUUAUGAGUGUAGUGUUGUUUAUGUGUGCUAUUAGUAGGAUUUUAAUUAUGAAAAAUGUCUGUCUUGUUCUUCUCAUGGCUGCAACAGUUCUCUAUCAUGUCUCUAACUUAAAUCUGGCUUUGAUGUCACUGGAGAGAUAUGUGGCCAUCUGCAUCCCUCUCAGACAUGCAGAAAUUACAAAUUUUGAAAGAACUCACGUAGCUUUCAGUGUUGUUUUGAUCUUGGGUUUCAUUAAGUCCCUGUCUGAGUUGAUUAUUUUCUAUUCCAUUGAUUCUACAAACAUUGCAAUGAAUUUGUUCUGCUCAAGAACUACUCUUUUCAGACUGCAGAUAUAUAAGAAACUUGAUAUAGCUUUCACAUGUAUAUUUUUUGUCUUAGUGACUUUUGUUAUUAUCUUUGCUUAUGCUUCUAUAGCAGCCGUGGCUAAAACAGCCUCCUGUGAUAAAAUGUCUGCCAAAAAAGCCAACAAGACUGUUCUGUUGCAUCUAAUACAGCUGGGUCUUGGGGCAUCAUCCAUCUUAGUUGGAGUUAUCCAAGAAGCUAUUUAUGUUUAUACUGACUAUAUGACUUCAAUGAAUGUGAUGUAUUUUUGCUUUAUAGUGUUUAUAAUUUUCCCUAAAUGUCUAAGUCCUCUUAUAUAUGGCAUGCGAGACCAGGCCUUUAGAUCUUUAUUUAAAUACUACCUCACAUUCGGUAGAGGUAAAGUUAAAGUUAAACCAGUUAUAAUAGAGCAAAGCGUUUAG